AAAGGCAGUAGAACAACCUUUUAUCAAAGAUUUGAUAAGACAACCAAAAUUAAUUCACCGACAAUUCAUUGAAGAGGGAAAUGGGAUAUAUAUACUUGUUAUUUGCCACUUUAGCUGUGGCAAGUGUUACAACAGCAAUCGGUGAUUCUAGAGGUAAGUUCAGUCGGUACUUGAUACAACAACAUUAUCCAGACAUCUGUUCACACCAUCCAUGCAGAAAUGGCGGAACUUGUGAAAUAACUUAUCCUUUUUUCACAUGUUCGUGCCCUCGUGAAUGGAAAGGAAGGUUCUGUGAAGUGGCUGAUCACUGUGCAAGUAAUCCAUGUCACCAUAAUGCGGUGUGUACAAACAACCAUCACAGCAUUUUUUACGAUAGUGGAUAUACGUGCGAAUGUCCAGCGGGAUGGACAGGAACAAAUUGUGACACAGAUGUUGACGAAUGUGCUAGCAACUCGUGGCAACAUUUAUCCUCUUGUAUCAAUUCUCCCGGAUCAUUCACCUACAACUGCUCCUCUGGAUGGACUGGACCAAACUGCGAGACAGACAUAGACGAAUGCACAAUGGGCUCGAUAUGUAAACACGCGUCCUCUUGUACAAACACUGUAGGUUCGUACUCUUGUAAAUGCUUAUCUGGAUGGACGGGACCCCAGUGUGAUUUAGAUAUUAACGAAUGCAUUAACAACCCGUGCAAACAUAGUUCCCACUGUACAAAUACCCCAGGAUCGUUCACUUGUAGCUGCUUAUCUGGUUGGUCUGGAUCCAUGUGUGAUAUAGAUAUCGAUGAAUGUGCGUUAUAUCACUUUUGUCAAAACGGGGCAACAUGUACAAAUUUUCCUGGUUUUUUCAACUGUACAUGUCCGGCUGGAUGGACCGGUACACAAUGUGGACAAGUAAUGAAUCAGUGUGAUAGUUAUCCAUGCAAAAAUGGGGCAUCAUGUUACGGCAAUCAAACCAUGUACACGUGUCACUGUACACCUGGGUACACCGGAGCAGUUUGUGAUAAACCAGAUGUUUGUGGAACCAAAAACCCAUGCCAAAAUGGCGCAGCGUGUACCACUGAUCAAAAUGGCCAGUACACAUGCAACUGUUUGUUGGGAUGGUCAGGUCAUCACUGCGAUACAGAGGAUGUUUGUGCAACAAGAAACCCAUGUCAAAAUGGCGCGAUGUGUACAAAUGUCCAAAAUGGCCAGUACACAUGCAACUGUUUGUCGGGAUGGUCGGGUCUACAUUGCGAAAUAGGUAUACCGAAACAGUGCGGUCACCUUUGUUCUCUGGAGUCUGUUGUAAAAGCUUCAUCUGUUAACAAUGCAAAAGCUGCCGCUUGUAGUACAUCCUUUGCUUCUAACGAAGCCCUACUCAUGCAGUGUUGCGAUGUUGAUGAAUCAAGUCAUUGGAUCAAAGGUUCUAAGGUCAUGUCACAAUGUCAAAGUGGUACGAUGACGCCUUACACACCCGUCGCUGCUUAUAAGAAUGAUGGCACACUUGAAGAAGACACAGCGGGUGUGCUUACAGCAUGCCUCAGUGGUGGCGUAGGAUUCGUGAUCAUCCGACAAGCUUGUUCGUCCGCACCGCAAAUGUUCCAUGUGAAUGGAACAAAUACAGGUCUUACACAAAGCAAUCCAGACAAUUACCAUGUAAUACUGUAGUGCGAAUUCACUCUGCUACACGUGUUCUUACAGCAAUAAAAUAUCAUAGCAAUAAAACUUACAA